ACAUGUCGGUGACAUUCCACUAGAGAGAUGCUAUCUGUACUGAGCAGACAUGGUGGUGUCUUGGGGAGUCCUGCUGCUCUUUGGGGCUAAAAGUUCAGGGUCCUGAAUUCUCCUUUGUGGCUCUCAGCAAAUACAUUCCAUCUUCCGAAAUAGUAAGGAGUUAGAUAAGGUAGUUCCUUAUCCACCUGCAGUGCUGCGCUCAGGAAGUGCACUUGGAGGGAGGUCUAGGAGGCAUCCGAAAGCCCUAAGGCCUGUGCUUCUAACCUGGGGCGCAUCCGUAGUGUACCACAGAAAGGCUUUGUCAUUUUUAAACCCAUUCAAUAAUUUCAAGUCUAAAGCGUGUUCAAGAUUGUUCUUCAGAGUUGCAAAAGCCAAACUGAAGAAGUUAGGAUGUGCUAGGAUUGUAACUUUACUUUGAGUCGCUUUGGAGUUCUUUUUUGGACAGCAUUUUCCCUGUCAUGUAUGUGUGUGUUUACUUGGACACACAAUCAAAAUGGCAGCCGUCUGGGAAACGCUGGCCAAAGCCCUAGAAAUGGUAACAUAUUUCCAGUGGUUUCAAUUUGUCUUCACAGGAGCAAAAUUAUUUUUGGCUUGUUAAACAUGUGUAAAUGAUCGUAGUAGUGCUAAACAAAGCUUAUUUGAGAAGUCUGCGGGUGCAGAGAGUUCUGUUAGCGCUUUGUGGUUGAUGGUUUAGAGUCCCCUUUUACCAAGGUGACGAGGCAUCCAGGCCCGUGAGUGCAUGGAGAAAGAGGCUCUGGUCAUUUCUGUCCCUAAGAGUUUUCAAUGUCAUCGUAGGUGGCUGUAAAGCAACUUAAUCUCCAGCAUCAGGGCUGCGAGGACGUACUGAAAGAAAUCCUGGUCAUGAGUGAAAAUAAGAAUGCCAAUAUUGUCACCUACCUAGAAAGCUACCUUGUCAAUGAGGCUGUCCUGCUGGUCUUGGAGUAUAUGGAUGGAGGCUCCUUAGGUGAUGUGGUCAGCAUGAGAAGGAUGGCUGUAGGACACAUAGCAACAGUGUGUCGGGAGUGCCUGCAAGGCCUGGCUUUCCUUCAUGCCAACCAGGUGAUCCAUAGAGAUAUCAAAAGUGACAACAUCCUUCUGGGCCGGGAUGGCUCCGUCAAGUUGGCUGAUUUUGGCCUCUGUGCUCUGCUCAGCCCUGAGCAGAGGAAACGGAGGUCGAUGGUCGGGACCACUUGCUGGAUGGCACCCGAGGUUGUGAGAAGAGAGCCUUACGGCCCCAAAGUGGACACCUGGUCCCUUGGCAUCGUGGGAAUAGAAAUGGCCACAGGAGAGCCUCCUUAUGUUCGGGAAACCAGUGACAGGGCCAACUUCCUGAUAGGCAAGCAAGGGGUACCAGACCUGCACAAGCUCAGGCUACGCCCUGGCUUGUGUGAAUUUCUGGGCUGCUGCCUGCAGAUGGAUGUGGACAGGCGAGGCUCUGCCAAGGAACUUCUGCAGCAUCCAUUUCUGCAAUCAGCGGAGCCUCUCUUAAGCCUCUUCUGACAGCCUUGAUUGCUGUCCUCCCUGCAGCCAGGUAAUGCAGGAAGCAAAAGAGAUGAGAAGGACCACCUGAGCACUUGGAGAACAGAGCCUCUGAGAGCAGGACAGCAUUGCUGGAGGCCACAGAGUCACUACUGAUGUGCACUUUUCAGGAGCUGGAAGGGCAGCGUUUGGAGGCACAGCAGCUGCUGGCACAAGGGGCAAACUUCCUGGAUGAGGUAGAGAAGAAGCAGGAGGAAAGGCUGCUUGAGAUGAAGCAGGAAGUUGCCACCAUGCAAGCUGAAUGAGAAGAGAUUCCAUGGGCCCCCGCCAUCUAAAUCCCCACUCGAAGGGCUUUUCAAACGUAAACAAAGGAAAUGUGCAGUGAAGUAAUGCAGGAAGCAGAAGACAUGACAAGGAUCACUUCAGGAUUACACUCCGCAAUGGCAGCUUGGAGCUGCACUCACAAUAAAAGUCCUAUACGCCCUCAA